AUGGCAAGUGAGGACGGCCAUGGUUGGCCAAUCAGUUGUCUGCUGAUGCAGACGACAAAGCAAGACAUGGAAAGUCCAGGCAAUGGGUUUAUCGGCUGUGUCAUCCACUGUCACACGCAUCAUUCCCACACGACUCGCAUCUGCUUGAUUCUCGGACCCGCAGCCAUAAUACAAGUUUCUCGUCGUCUUGCAUCGGCCGUCACUCCAGCAUCGUUCGACCUCCUCGGAUCUGCGUUGCUCUUCCUUGCAACUCGUCAUGUCCGCAUCGGCCCAGGAGAAGACUAUACAAAGAGAGACCAAGGCAAAGAAGACCAAGUCCAGGAAUGGUUGUGGCCGAUGCAAGCUGAAAAGGGUAACGAUCCAAGUGCGCCUGUCCAUCACCUUGCCACCUCGCUGACGUCGACACAGCUCAAAUGCGACGAGACUGCUCCCGGAUGCCUCCAGUGCAAGAAGAGAAAGGUAGCCUGCCCAGGCUAUGAGAAGACGCUCAAGUGGUCGACCAAGUAUGAAGUCUUUACCCCUCCACAGGACAAGCCAUCGCUGGCCAAGCAAACAUCCUUACCCGAAGUCACAAGCCAGCCACCAUCUGGCGAGCCGAAUCUUCCAAAGAACGUUGCCACUGGAAUCGAAGCAUUAGCUGCUGUACUUCCUGUAAGCAGUGUCAGCGAGUCUGUUCGGCGGAAAGAGCCCACGCCCGUCAUCACAUCGCCGCCAGACCUCGACGAAGCCAUCUCUGCUCAAGAGACGUCGACCGAGGACAGUGAUUCGCCCCGGGAUUUUGAGCCCUUCCUUAUGGAAGAUGUUGACGUAUUGAACCACAUCUCCUUGGAAGGUUUGGUCGAUGCCAAUCCACUCCCCCACGAUGAUUUCAACUUUGACGCUUUUGAGAAUGUAGAUUUCGACUCAAGAUCGCUGGGCGAACUUUCAUUUGACUCUAGUUUCACACCAGUACAAGACCUCACAGCUUCUUCAUUGCCCCUUUCAGCCCAGGAAACCAUUCAGGAAUCUAGCCCUAGGCUUUCCCGUUCCUUGCUUUUGGACUUCUACCGUCUUCCGAGUCCUGCUCCUGACCCAACCUCGUCUGACGAGAUUGAGUCUGUCCUCAUCCAGCAUUACUUCAAGGACGUUUGCGCUGUUUUUUCUUCUUUCGAUUCCGUUCUUAAUCCUUUCAGAACUACUAUUGGCCGCAUCUACCGAGACUCGCCAUCUAUCAACUACGCUAUCCAGUCUAUGGCUGCAGCCCAUCUGGCUAAUACAUUUCCAAAUAUGGCCAGCAUCGGUAUUGAGCUGCAACAAAAAGCUCGCGAUGCCUUGGAGGAAGAAUUACCGCUUGCACAGAGUGGAAAGGCCAGUGCGACCAAGACAUUUUUGAGCAUCAUGCUGCUUGGCCUCACAACCUCGUGGCACGAUAGCACCGCACUUGGUACCGAGUAUCUGUCCACUGCUCGCAGUUUAAUCUUGCCCAAGCUCCUGAGUCGCUCAGAAGAGGCCGAAGUCCAGCGCGAGGCACAAUUUUUCGAGGAGUCUCUGAUCCAUUGGGAGAUGUUGAUGGGAUUCGUUACCGAAGAUACCAUGAGCUUCUCUCCUCCUUCAGGACUGCGUUCCCGUAUUGUCUCAAAGAAGAAAAGUCCUGCGACUCGGAGGCCAGAUGGGAAGAUUGUGCCCCACCCAUGGACUGGUAUUGCGCCAAUGGUGCAAUUUCUCUUUGCUGAGGUCGGCCGCCUAGUCCGCAGGGAGUGCGCCCUGAACAAGAAGUCUACCAUGGACGUGCGGCGAAGACAAGAAAACCUUCAGAAUGCUGCUUCGUUGGAGGAAGAUCUUCUUGCCGUCGAGUACCCCUCAGUUGACGAGGUUGCGGACACUGGCGAUGAGCGAACACCAAAGGAAGACUUCGUGGUGCUUGCUGAAGCCUACCGAUGCGCGGGCUUGCUCGAAAUUUACCGACUGUUUCCCUUGAUACUACGAAGGCGCCUCAACUCCGGAAAGUUUCAGGGGCACGGCAACGUGGACUUCCAGUUUCCGGUCCCCAGAUACGAGACACGUUAUGAAGACACGGACGUAAAGCUCUGGCUCAACUCGCUGGCAAUGCACAUCCUGCAGUCUCUCGAAGCUCUUCCCACCUCUUCCGGCACUUUUUGUGUGCAGCCGCUUCUUCUCGUCGUGGCCGCAUCCGAACUCAAAUUCGUGUCCUCGGUAGACUUCUUCGAUGUACAUGCCAACGACGCCAAAGUCUUGACUAGUCGAAACUUUGCCAUGAGCCGUCUUCAGGAGUUUGCGCUUCGAUUACCCAAAAAGCCUCUUCGCCAAAUGAUGCAACUGGUCAGGGAGACCUGGAAGCAAUCUGAUAAUGGGCAAGAGGUCUUUUGGAUCGACGUCAUGAACGACAAAGGCUGGCACUGCCUCAUUACCCACCCCACCGACCAUUUCUACGGCCCACUUCUCCGGUUCCCUGCUGCGACAGCCUCUUGCGAUCUCGCCUUGUUCAUGACAUCUACCGAAGAUGCCCAAAGCGACACUCCAAACGCAAUAUUCCAAGUGCCAACCAUAACCCACCCCCACCCACCCGCUUCCUCUCCCAUGUACAACAGGAUCCGAAGACUUCUUUUCCUGGCCAGGCCUAGCGAUGCUACAAGCAGUGUACGAAUAGCGGAAUAG